UCCCUCAUUUCUCCCCUCUUGCUCACAUGACAACAUUUUCUCACUCCAGACAUAGAUAGCACAUGCAGGAGGUCAUGUACAUCUAAUAAUAAAGCGAUGGUUUGUGGGGACUGAGUGAGAGCAAGAAGGGAAAAUGCCUAGGCUUUGGGGUAAAUGCGAAUGUCAUUAAUAAUAAGUGGUUCUUGAUGUUGUUAGAUGGUCUGUGAAAGGUUUAGGUGAUUGGAUGAGUGUUGUAAUGUAGCCUACCUCUUCAGGUGAAUUAGGCGAUUGUCACGACUGACAGUAGGUGGUUAUGCCUAGACGUUAAAAUCAUAUAGGCUAAACAAGUGUGUAAGUGAAAAGAGAGAUUAGCAUGAGAAAAAUAAUGCAGUACCUCAAUGUUGUUGGUGGGGCAUAGGGUUCGUUGGCGCGCUUGCUGACAGACUGCUUACGUCUGCAGAGCGAACGCGGACAAAAAUUGUAAAUACGUGCGUCGAAUCAGCUGUCAGAAAGGUGGAGGCAAGGGCAGGCAUGAGAAUGUAAACGCAACAACGGCAUAACAACAGUCGGUGGAAUUUAUAUUUAGUAUGGCGAGGGCAGAAAAUGUCUCCCUUCACAAAAACAGCAGCACGAUACAACGUCAUUUCAGGAGAGCGUGGCGCGCAUCAGAACGGGAUCAGUAGCUCGGCAUCUGCUUCUCCGGUGACCGGCAAGCUCUAAAGCAAGAGUAUUAAUAUUAAUAUCAGCGCGAAGUGCGCCGCCACCGCCGACUUGUCUGUUUAUCUACGGGCUCUGCAUUCAUUACCGUGAAGUCGUCUCCCGGUUAGCGUGCAGGCACUAACAGACUGCAUUUGUGAAUGGUUCCAUGGGCCUGCUUUGAACGGAUGUUUUUUUUCCCUUCCCUAACGACGCAGUGAACUGCACCAUGGAUAGCGAAGCACUUUCUCGUCGUGCUCCGCGCGGAGGGUGAAUGGGGAUGAGAAUGUUGUUUACAAAAAGCAGCCAGCCGUCAGCGAACUGAUGCUCGGUCUCCUCGCAUAGAAUUUUACAUCUAAUCUUUUAUGACACGGUUGGAAAUUACUGUCACCUCCGUCUUUCCUCUAUGAAGAGGGCAAUGUCAUCGUCAGCAGACCGGCGUGGAUUUGUUGUUGUCUGAUUUUACUACUUGUCCUCUGCUACUCGACUUCACACCGUUUAUGUAACUGGGACGGGGGCAAGCUUUAAAAUCCCUCCCCCUGCUCCUAAUUGGUCCUCUAUACCAUGAGCUUUGGCUCCGCCCAGGAUGUGGCGGUGGAGAAUUUUCUGCGUGACAUAGAGAGGCGGGGCCAGUGGCUGCACUGUGCUGUUAUUGGCUGUAAGGAGGAGCAUCCCCGUGGCGACAUGAACCUUUUGUACCGCAAAAGUCGACUGGACUGGAGGCACAGAGAUCAGGAGGGCAAGAAAAGCUCCAAUUACAAAGAUGCCUCUUCUGCGACCGUUGGGAAGGUUCGGGAUCUGGCAUCAUUUCGGCGCCAUUUCCGAAUGGGAUUUAUGACGAUGCCAGCAUCCCAGGACCUUUCGCCUCACUCUUGUGCGGCCGCCAUGGCCCCACGCUCUCAGUCCUGCCAUGCUGUGGGCACCGGUGAGGGAGAGGAGAUGGAGAACGGAUAUUAUCCAGACUCAGACCCCCAAAACCAGUCAAAUCCCUCCCGUUGUCCCCCAACCAAGCCUAAACGCCACCCCAAUACUCGUCUCAGCUCCACACCCCAGCAGGAGCAUCCUUCCCGGGGAGUUCACGCACCACCGGACACUCCGCCACCUCCACCUCCCAAUCACCCACCCAAACACCCAGAGAAGCGGAAUGCAAUGAAGAAGUCUGAUUCAGGUGAAAUGGCAGGACGGAAGGUACCUCCCUUGAAGCCCAAACGGAGUCCAAGCACACAGCUCUCUUUUGACCCCCUGCCACCUCGAGUCCAGCCACCGAGCACACCUCUUCCCUUCCAGAGCUCUGAACCCUCUCCACGGGGUGAGGGGGGAGAUGACGAGCCAGUUUACAUUGAAAUGGUUGGCCAGGUCUUUACCCGAGAGACUCACAGCGCCCCUACUCCUCACCCGCUUACGCCCUCCGCCACUACUCCUGAUUCUGACUCAGACCAAGGAGAGGCCAUAUACGAAGAGAUGAAAUACCCCCUACCGGACGAUGCAGCUAGAGAAGCCCAUCGCCGCUUGCCACUCAAACAUGAGCGUAUCAAGUCUUCUAAAGCGUACCACUCCUCCAUCAUCUCAUCCUCCUCAUCCUCCACCUCCUCUUCACUCCCACGCCCCUCAUCCUCCUCUCCAGCCUGUUCCUCAUCCAAGCCUAAAACAGCUGUCUCCAUCUCUCACUCCUCUCCUCUGCCUUCAUCCUGCUCUUCUGCAUCCUCCACUCCCAUACCUCAAGUCCUCUCCUCCUCACCACACCCUCCCCGUGCUCCCACACCCUUCCUGCUGCCAGGGUCCAAGUCUGAACAUGAGCCCAGCUCCAGUAAGAUCCCGGCACCCUUCCCCAACUUGCUUCAGCACAAGCCUCCGCUCCUGGCAUUUCCCCAGCCGGCUGCUGCCUCCAGUGGGGUGGGGGCUCAACACAAGACCAGCUCGGCCAAAAUCAGUGUGCAGUCGGCCUCCAGUCUGCCAGCAUCUACUAGCACCUCCUCCAGCACGAACUCCACCAGCACUUCCAAAGAGUCCUCUGGAGUUGAGAAGGAACGAGAGAAGGAGAGGAGGGAAGGACAGCUGGGGCCAGCACCAGGACUCAGAGCCCGCAGUCAUUCCACUCCUCUUCCUCCAUCUUCAAAGUCCUCCUCUCCAUAUUCCCACCACCAUCAUCACCAUCACCCUCACCACAGGCCUUCCCACUAUCACCAUUACCGCAAGCCUGAGAAAGAGAUGUCGUCAUCAAGCAAAGGCUCAGGACAGUCCUCCACCCAGAUGCAAACACACUCCAAAGAGGGCAAGUCUGUCAGCUUCCUGCUCAAGUCUGAGAGGGAAAGGGACAGAGAGAGGGAUCGGGAUCGUGACCGAGAGAGAGACCUGAGCACGCCAUCAUCCAAUCAUUCUGAUGCCUCUGCCUCAAGCUCAUACACACACACUUCUCAAACCGGCACGAGCACCACGCCAACCCUGAGUCAACCAUCAUCGUCCACAGCAGCUACGCCACCUUCCACCUCUUCUUCAUCCGCUCAGCGCCCUCCGUCUCGCUCUCACAUGCACCGGGCGCACACCCCGCACUUGUCUCAUGGCCUUCCUUCUUACAAACCUCCCCCCUCUGACAGCCCCCUGCUCUGGACCUACCCCUCGGUUGGCUUCCGCCGCCCACCCGCCUACGAUAGCCUGCGCGGGGGCUCACAGUUGCCAUCCUUGCACAUGGACCCCAUUAAAACUGGAUCUGCAGCCCAUGCGUUGCAGGCCAAGGCCGGGUUCAUUCCCUGGGAGAGCGCAGCUGCCUUAGGGCUCACCGAAGAACAGGCUUACUGGCCCAUGCACCGAAAAUUAUCAUUCAGUCAUGGGAGCCGAGACACUGAGAAGGAGGAUAGAGGUGCAUGGAAUGGCAGUGCAGAUGCUCUAUUGAGGAGAGAAAGGGAUGACCUAGGAGCCAUGCGGGGUGGUGGACACUCUGGAAUACCUGUGCGGUCAACAGGGAGACACAGCGAGAGCUUGGCUGGGGCGGAUGGACCACCAGGGUUGAGAGGACUGAUACGAGCAGGACUGCCCUUACCCUGCCAAACCUUCCCAGCGUGCCGCAAUGGAGAGUUGGGUCGGCUUGGCAGGUCUUCCUCCACAUCAGGAGUGAGACAAGUGGGUGGUGAUGUUCAAAGGCAGAGCAGCCUGCCGGCCAGAGAAGCACUCAGCCAGUUUCACGCUCUCUCACAGGUUCAGGCACAGACUCAGGCUCCCUGCAGUCCGUCUCUGAGCCGGCAGCAGCAGUACCAGCACCAGCAGCAGGUCCAGCUCCAGUUCCAGCAGCUGGCUCAGCUCGCCGCACAGGCCCAGGCUACCCUCAGCACGGGCACAGCCGGCACCUCCACGGCCCAGGCCCAGCGGGACGGCAAGCUCCUAGAGGUGAUCGAGAGAAAGCGCUGCCUGUGUAAGGAGAUUAAAGCUCAUCGCCGGCCAGAUAAGAGCUUAUGUAAGCAGGACAGUAUGCCUAUUUUACCCAGCUGGAGGAAAACGCCAGAGCCCCGCAAGACUGGAACACCACCCUGCCAGAGGCCACAGGCUGUGGUGUGGGACUCGGCCAUCUGACCCAGGCAGAGAGAGCAAACAGAGGGGAGGGAGUAAGAAAGACAUGACUGAGAGAGACAUACAGAGUACAAAUAUUUUCUUUUUUGCGUGUGAAAAGACAAAAUAGGAAAUUUUUGGGGAAAUGAGAGAAGUGGCCUUUGAGUGAAGAGAUUCAAAUAAGACUGAAAAGACAAAGCGGAAGCAUUUUUUUUUUGCUAAGAGAAUAGCAUGAUUUAGAAUAAAUCUCUCUGUAGAAGCAGGAGAAAAUGUGUUUCACAUGGUGUUUAUGUGCCAUAUAGUUGCAGCACACGAAACGCACACACACACACACACACACACACACACACACACACACACUGGAGAAACACCUGUGUCUGAACUCUCUCUGACCUGCUGCAAAUACAACCUGUGCUGCUGAGUUUACAACUUUUUUGAAACACACUGGAAACCUAUGGAGCACCGUAACAUUCGUACUCAGAAUAUAAACCAUAAGUGAGGAGAAUAGACAUGCUUUUUCCUCCAAGGAAUGAAGAAAUUAUCAAAACUUGAUAUGUAAAGAAUGAAGAGAUGCUGAAAGAUCAUAGUGGAGCUUUUCUUCAUAUCAUAAACUGUCUGUGACUUUGGGCUUUUGUGUUUUUACUGACCAGAUUUACACAGUUAUGCUGCUGUUUCCUGGGCACCCACUAGACUGAUGUUUUUUUACAUUCCAGAAGAGUGUCAAAAUGUGUGUGUGUGGUGUCAUGGUGAACAUUGUAAGAUGUAUCUUUGCAUUGGAGAUGUGUGAGGUUGGAAGCAGAACCGUGAUGAGAGGAAAUCACUUAUCACAAAAUUUGACAUGUAUACACAAAAAAAGUCUUACACAUUCAAACACAGGGAACAGUGAUGAAGGGCUGUGUGGUACUGUCGUAGUUUGUAGAGGAGAUUCAUUUGAAGUCUAAUUACUGCCUAUUGAUUGAGUGCCAAUUUGGUGAGUGUGGUGACACGUGUGUCUGCGUAUUCGGGGAGUAGAAGAAAAGCUGUUCAGCAGAAGUUACGUGACUUUCGUAGCAAUAUUUGUUAAAGCAGGAGACUGAUCAUUAGCCCAGUCCAAUACAAAAUCAUGAUGGUGAAAAAAUACAGAUCCGCACUGCAUUAUUUCAUCAACUGUGUAACAUUCACUUAAUGAAAAUAGUACGAUCACAGGAUGAGCUUCCUUACAAAAUAAGAAAUAGACUGAGGACCAAUGCACGGGCUGCAUUAACACGAGGUGCCAUUGUGUUCACCUAAAAACUGUCGGACCACCAUAUUUACUCAUCUGUUUACAUUUAAUCUGUAUCUGAGCAUAUCCGGAGCUAACGUCUAACUGUAUUUUUCAGUCUUUUUGGCAGCAUAGUCUCAUGUGUCAAUUAAUUGGGGUUGCAGUGUCAUUAAAUAAGAUAUAAUAAUAUAUAAAAAAGCUCUUAUCAUACCACUAAUACAGUCAGAUUGAGCAGUCCAGUUACAUUGUCCCUUAAAGAAAAAUCAGUUUUGGAGCAAACUUCACCUCUUCACACUGUCCAAUGCUCAUGAGCACAUGCAUAUACAGAAAUGCACACACUCACAGCGCCCUGCUGGGAAAAAUGAACACGCAGCGGCUCUCCUCAGACCGAUGCUGGAACUUUUUUCCGCACAAAAGAAAGCGAACCACAUGACAUCGAGAUUAAACAAGAAGAAAAAACACUUGUUAAAAUCUGUAAAAUAAACAUGUACAACUGUAUUGAUUAUGUAGCAAUUAUUUCCACUUUCAUACUUGUAAUCAAUAAAUAUAUUGUAGCAUAUAAUGUAUAAAAGUACAAGGUGUUUAAUUGUUUUAUAAAGAAAUUUAGUAGUUUUAUCUGUGGCUAUCUGUCUACACUGUACGGAAUGGACCGCUGAAAGGCGAGCCCUCUCUACUAAAGGCACAGUCUCAGACACACACACACCAACCAAUGUUUUUUUUUCCGGCUAGUGUCACGCAAGUCCCUUUAAGAAACUUAAGUCUGAUCACACUCAUAUCCUCACCAACACAUUUCACCUGGCUCGCUGGAAUAUCAGUUGGAUAUUUUUGGAGUACUUCUGCUGCUAUAUUGAAUUUCUACUAUUGCUUACAUAUCCCUCACUGCUGUUGUUUUAUUUCUCUUCUUCAUUCUUUUGAGUGCUCUUUGAGAUUUAUUUUAUUUUUAUUUAUUUUUUUUUAUUUUUUUUGAGAUCAUGCAAUGGAGUUUUAAAGAGUGGAAUCUUUUGUAACUGUUGGCAAAUGAAUGUUUCUCAGUUGUUGUUGUGGUUGUAUUUAAAAGUUGUUGUUUUUCCGAAUAGUUAGAACCACCAACUUGUACAGUUCUCACCCUGGCAACACUACUGUAAAUGUGAUAGCAACAUUGCAGUGAUGUUGCCAAGGGUUUGACAUUUCGUCACCACCACACCAGGGUUUCACUGCACCACCCAGGUGGCCAUUUGAAAUACAGUCUUUAUCAAAAAGUACGGAGGACUACAGUAGAGGAGGGCUGGUGCAAUGCAUGCUGGGAGUUCUUGAUGGAUUCCCUUAAUCAUUCAGUUCAAGGUUGGGCUGUGUCCCAGUCUAUAUAAAUUGUGCCCAGUUUGUACUUCAGAUAUACUAAAUAAUCAUCUAGUGGCAAUUUAUUAAGAUGAAAAGGGUAACUUACUGUAAGUAUUAUUGGGUAAACUAGUUUACAGAAACUGUCGGCUUUGCGUGUCUACAUAAACGGUGGCCAUAUUAUGAGUGCCAUAAUAUAUUGGUAUGGUAAGAUACGGUGUACCUUGGAAAUCACUGUAGUGCUAUAUUUGCAUUGAUAUCGUCAUGAAAUAAAUUUUAUAUGAUGAACCUAAAAUACAUGUGCGAAUAACAGUAUGUGUGUGAGAGAGUGAAAGAAACUGUUGCAAUGUACAUGAAUUUAAUGUCUUCUUGUCCUGCAGACCUCCUUAACAUACAAUCAGUGGAAUAUCUGCUUGUAUAUUCUAAUGUGGUAAUGUUUUAUUCAUUCCCUUUCUCUUCUUUGAGGAAUAGUUCACUGAAAAAUGAAAAAUUGCUGGAAAUGUAACCAGGCCAUCCAAAAUGUAGAUUAGUUUGUUGCUUCAUCGGAACAGAUUUAGAAAAUGUAGCAUUAAAACACUUGCUCACCAAUGGGUCCUCUGCAGUGAAUGGGUGCCGUCAGAAUGAGAGUCCAAAUAGCUGAUAAAAGCAUUAUAAUAAUUCACAAGUGAGCCAUGUGACAUCAGUCCAUCAAUGAACAAAAAUCCUUCAAGAUCUUUCAAAGAGGUCCUCUUUCCAUAAUGUUGCUUUCUCCAGUAAAAAAAUAAAUAAAGUCAGCAGGGGAUGAACUUAUUGACUUGUCUUUUAGCCAGAAGUGAUGGUUUAAAGUUAAAAUCCCUUACGUAUGAAUUUGUUUCUGACAAAUUAUGCAGCUUUUCACAUAACAAGAUUUCAUUGUCAGCUGUUUGGACUCUCAUUCUGACGGCACCCAUUCACUGCAGAAGAUCCAUUGGUGAGAAAGUGAUGUAAUCCUAAAUUCCCAAAUCUGUUCCAAUUAAGACAUCUACAUCUUGGAUGGCCUGAGGGUAAGUACAUUUUCAGCAAAUGUUCAUUUUUGCGUGUACCUUUCCUUUCACACUGACCUUCCAGAGUUGUUGUUUCAGUAUCCAUUUUCACUGUGGGCAGUUGUUUCUCACUCAUGUAUCAGCAUCAUGAAUACAGGGAGCUGAAACAACAGUCUGUUGUUGAAUUGUGUUGACUGAUUUGCUCUUCACUGAUGUCCUGUAUCAUAGAUGAAGCUCUUGUACAAGUUCUCUCUUUCUACAGGUCUUCUAUAUUGUUGGCUCUAACCUGUUAUUGAUCUUGAACAUCAUUCCAGACGUUAUUUGACUGGUGUAAUGUGACAGAUUUAUUAAGUAGUACCAGUCAUUGAAACAUCUAGUGUGUCUAGAGUGCUGAGGGGAAGUUUAAGAGGUAGACUGGUUCUUUAACAGCUGGAGUUAUGCUUAAGGGAGGAUCAGGAGGAUCUGUCCAGAGCAUCAGAAAUAUAAAUUAUAUGGUUAUUUAGAUUUAAAAAAAAAGAUUGCUUGGCACGUGCCAAUAGUUUCAUUUGCCUUAAUUAGCUUAAUUUUACACUGU